CCCCGCCAUGGACGACGACCAGAGAGAGGUGCCCCGGGCCGCCCCGCCCCCUCCGCCCAUUUUCCGCGCUCCGAAGCAAGUCUCCCGCCCGAAAGCCGUUAUCCAGCAGGAAGAGGAGCUCGGCGCCGAACCCAAGCUGGGCGACUUCGAAAAUGUUCACGCGCUGUCUGUGUCUGAGGCCCGAGCUGUUAUAGCCGCCGUUCAUACGAAGAGGAAGAAGGAACCCGGCACCAACCCGCUAGGUGCCGACAGAGUACACAACGACUCACAAACAAUCACAGCCUUCAUGGAGUAUCUAGAAACCUUCUCUCGCUACAAGCAGAACGAGAACCUCCAUGCUCUCUCCGGUCUCCUCGACUCCCAGCCAGAACUCAACUCAGUGGAGAAAGCCAUGUUGGGGUCACUCGCGUGCGAUUCUGCAGACGAGGCCAAGACCCUCAUCCCGUCCCUCUCAACCAAGAUGUCGGAUGACGCCCUGCAAUCCAUGCUAGACGAGAUGCAGAAACUCCAGGACCGCUUUGGUUAAAAAUCUAUAUUAGUCAAUUCUGGCAUUGGGCACGGCAACUUGGGUUAGACUAAGGACGCCGCAAGAAGGAAUGUGACGAGGCGGACCAGCCACAGGGCCAACAUUGAUGACCCUUCAAAUGGCAACUCCACUAACAAAGAGACUGUAAUGGGAAUGACUUUGACGGACAGAAUUAGUUCUAUCAAGGAUAGUCAGUGAACGGAAUGAUAUUGGACUUUUGGGCGAUACCCAGCGUCAGGGUGAGAAGGCCUCCUGCGCCAUAAAUGAG